AUGAUCCUCGUGCUCCUUCAGUCCUUCCUGCUAACAUGCGCGGUGGCGCACGCGAUGCUCCUGUACGCCGCCAUCGCCACCCCCGACGCAGCGUACCCUCCGCCGUACGGCCUUGACGAGUCCUUCACCACUGCCUCCGCCAACGCCGCUGCGGCCGACGGUCGUGCCUCCGCCGCAAGCCACGAUGAGCGCGGCGCCGGCCGCAUCAUCGACAUCAGCCACCGUUACCACGAGGAUAUGCCGUCGUGGGAGUCCGAAGACAGCGUCGGCCAAUUCCUGUGGCUCGCCCGGAGCAUGAAGAACGGCUCGGUAGCCAACUUCUCGGAGAUGAAGAUGGGGGUCCACACGGGCACGCACGUGGACGCGCCGGGGCACGUGUACGACCACUACUUUCACUCCGGCUUCGAUGUCGACUCGCUCGACCUCGAAGUCCUCAACGGUAUGGACUCAAUAUCGGUCGAACAUUUUAAGCCUGAGUUUGGGUUUUCCGCUUCAGUUUACCUUGUGAAUUUGACUGUGAUUUCUUAG